AUGGAAGCUACACCUUUGCCAUUUCUACAUGCCAUAGAGACGCUGAAACAUUUGCCACGGACAGGAUGGCUGAGAACGGUUCAGAAUCCUGAGAGCGUGGCGGCGCAUAGUUUUCGAGUAGCUAUCUUGGCUAUGCUUGCUCCGGAAAAUUUGAACUUGGAUAGAGCAAAAUGCAUCCAAAUGGCGUUGAUCCAUGAUUUGGCAGAGUCAGUCAUAGGGGAUAUCCCGACCUUCGCAGGGUACUUGGAAAGCUUGCUCCAAGUUUACAACCCAGAAAGAGCGAAGGAAAUCAGCAUGCUGUGGCUGGAGUAUGAGAAGGGUGAAACUCCAGAAGCAAAAUGGGUGCGGGAGAUGGACAAGUUUGAGUGUCUGGUCCAAGCACACGAGUAUGAACAGAGGACCUUUGGUCAAAAAGACCUCAGUGAAUUUCAAGGGCUAUCAGCAAAGGUCCAUUCUCAAGAGGCAGGCCGAUGGGCAGAAUCCUUGUCUCGAGAAAGAAAAGAUCACCUUGCCAAGCGGAAACAGCGACUGCCAAUCAUUUUUAUCACGGGCGAUGUCGAUACCAGUGAAAAAAUCGCUAGAUAUACCUCGACGGCGCUUUCCCUUCCACACAUAUCGGUAACCCAAAUACUUCGUGAAAAGGCCAAAGAUGUCAAAUAUCCUCACCAUACCAUCAUUCAGAACUGUCUGGAUAAGGGGUUUGAUGUGCCGGCGGGUCUUCCGGUUGGACUACUUGAAGAUGAGAUAACGGCCUUGGAUGGACGGCCAUGGUCAAUUAUUUCUGGGUUUCCGAAUGACACAGAGCAGCUGGCAGAGUUUGAAAAAAAGGUUCAAAAUUCGAAUUUCGCCUUUUACGUGGAAUGCACUCCCUACACUGAUAAUCCACCUUUGGAUGGAGCAAUGCACACUUGGAGAUCUUCCGCUGUCGACUUCAAGAAAAACCUGGAGAGCUCAGCCGCUUAUUUUGAAUUGAUUGGUUCUACUACCGAACAGCGAACGGUGUCUGAGGAGGAACUUUGCGAAGUUGUCGUUAAAUCAGUCAAGGACCUUAUCGCGCAUGCUAACGCACAUGGUGAAGAAAACCCAUGA